AUGGUCAGAGUUUCUGAGUGUGAGCAGCUCGAUGUGUGCCCCCAAGCAAGAGGAACAAGAAGGGAGAGGAUGAAGAUCCAGGGAACUCACAGGAUGGUCAGCCUCUCCGCAGUCCCUGGGAAGACGAUAGAGCAGAACAUCUUGGAAGUUUGCACUUCCAAGGAUGCCUCGUGGCUCCUGCUGAUCAGCACCUGUGAGCAGCGUGCCCGCACGCGCCAGCAGGCAAACAAGAUACGAGAAGAAGAGACUGGGGUUUGGCCAAGGGGCUCAGAGCUCAGAAUGCUGCUGACCCCACCCCGCCGCCAGCCUCGCAUAUCCCUAAGGCCUGUGAGCCAGAUGGCUCCGCCACAAAGGAUCCUCUUUCCCCCGGAGAAGAUUUGCAUGGACUGGCAGCAACGACAGAGAGCUGGAGCAGGACUCCACAAUCUGGGCAAUAUGUGCUUCCUCAACUCCAUCCUGCAGUGCCUGACGUACACACCCCCUCUGGCCAACUAUCUGCUCUCUCGUGAGCACAGCCAGUCAUGUCAUCAGCAAGGCUUCUGCAUGAUGUGUAGAAUGGAAGAUCAUGUUAACAAGGUCCUGCAUUCCUCAAACAGUGCCAUCCAUCCUUGGGCUGUCAUCAGUGUUCUCACACGAAUAGGAGAACAUUUCCAGCUUGGCAUGCAGGAAGACGCCCAUGAGUUCUUACGUUAUACUGUCGAUGCCAUGCAGAGAGCUUGUCUGAGCGGAACCAGCGACUUGGACAUCUCUUCUCAAUCAACUACCAUUGUCCAUCAAAUAUUUGGGGGCUUUCUGAGAUCCAGAGUCACAUGCUUGAGCUGCAAAGCGGUUUCUGAUUCCUACGAGGCCUUCCUGGAUGUUCCUUUGGAUAUCAAAGCAGCCUCAUCUGUCACCGCAGCUCUGGAGGACUUCGUGAAACCUGAGCAGCUGGAUGGUGAAAACGGCUUUAAAUGUAGCCGGUGCGACAAGGUGGUUGCCGCCUCCAAGAGGUUUACAAUCCAUCGCGCGCCCAAGGUUCUUACGGUGUGUCUGAAAAGGUUUGAAGAUUUCACUGGUGGGAAGAUCAGCAAGGUUGUGGUGUAUCCCGAGUACUUGGAUCUUCGCCCGUACAUGUCUCAGACAGCUGGAGAACCGCUCCUCUACUCCUUAUAUGCUGUCCUGGUGCAUAGUGGUGACAGCUGUCGUUCAGGACACUAUUUCUGCUACACAAAGGCCAGCAAUGGACUGUGGUACGAGAUAGAUGAUACAUCUGUGGAUCGUUGUGACAUCGACACAGUUCUCCAGCAGGAAGCCUAUUUGCUGUUUUAUCCAGUUUGUGCAGUACACGGACUACCAUCGCUCAGCGAGGAGGAGGUGGAGAACAAGUCCUCCAUAUUGUGA